AUGCCUGCCCAGGGCCACAAACACGUUCCAGCGUGGAGUAUACAGCAGACACUGGAUCUAAUUGCUGUGUGGGGAGAAGAGUCUGUGCAGGCAGAGCGCCAAACCAUCAGAAGAAACGCUGACAUCUAUGCCAAAAUCGCACAGCGCCCGGGGGACAAAGGCUGCACCAGAGACACACAGCAGUGUCAUGUGAAAAUAAAGGCCCUCAGGCAAGUCUACCAGAAGACAAGGGAGGAGAAUAGUCGCUCUGGUUCUGAGCCACAGACAUGGCACUUCUAUGAGCAGCUGCAUGUGAUUCUAGGUGGGGACCCUGCCAGUACUCCAAUUCUCUCGCUGGAUACCUCCCAGGGGCCCCAGGUGGCCAUGGGCAACAACGAGGGGGACAUUGUUGAUGAGGAGGAAGAGGAGGAGAAUGCACAGCAGGCCAGCGGAGGAUCCAUUCUCCCUGACAGCCAGGACCUCUUCCUAACUCUGGAGCCAAUCCCCUCCCAGGACCUACUGCUGCGGGGCCGUGAUGCUGCAACCUUGUCUGUGGGUGCUUUCUCCACACCAGCACAAAGGCUGUCCCAGAUUAGAAGGCGAAAAAAGCGGACCAGGGAAGACAAUGUUCUGUGAUUUGAUGCAUUCCUCCAAGACUGACAGGGCCCAGCUGAAUGCAUGGAGGCUUACACUGUCGGAGAGCAUGCCCAAGAGGACGGCAAAGCAUGCAGAGAACAAGAAUGUAACACACAAGAGAAGAUGUUGCAGCUUAUGGAGGAGCAAACAGACAUGUUGAGGCAUCUGGUUGAGGUGCAGAAAAGGCAGCUAGACCUUAGAGUCCCACUGCACUCAGUGAUGAACCAGCUGCCCUCCUCACCAAGUUCCAUAACCUCCUAUCCCAGACGUCCAUAGCUUUGAUUGCUAGACAAUGCACUUGUAAUAAGCUAUGUGUGCUUGCCCCUCCCCCCGUGUUAUCAGGCCCUUAGACCCGGGUUAUCAUUGCUAUUCAUUGCUUUCUCUG